AUGAGCAGUUCAAAUUUAUCGAGCUUCAUAAAUCAAAAAUGUUUUGAAAGAAGUGGGGGCAAUUAUAUAGGGAAUUCAGCUAAGAAACCCAAACUAUCACCAAAAUUAACGAGGGACGGAAGCAGGAACCGUGAAGGCACCUUUAAAGGUAGGAGAUUAUAUAAAAGGAAUGUGCAAACUGGUGAAUCUCCUUCUUUCUACUCGAGCUGCCUUACUGGCACCAGAUAUGCUGACCAAAUUAUGACAAAUACAACAGCAUUUACAUCGGCGGUUAAUCUAAGCACUUUCCCAGAUCGCAUUCUAUGCGUAAUAUAUGAAUGUUCCAAAGAUAUUGAGACACGGAUUGGAAUAUGUACGGUUAACUACAACUUGGGUCAAAUGAUCUUCUCAGAAUUUGUAGAUUCUCAGAUUUUUAUCAGAACAAUUCAUCACAUUCAAAUCCAUCAACCUACAGAAAUAUUUUUACCAAGUUCAUCAUUAGCGCCAACCGUUUCUAAAUUAGCAACAUUGAUAAAAUUAAAUGUCGCAGAAACUGUAAAGCUUUGUGAAGGGCCUUUAAAAUACUUUAGUACACAAUGUGGCAUAUCGGCAAUAAAUAAACUCUCCAUUGUCGAAAACACAAAAGAUCUUUUGAAAAAUGAGAUGUUAGAUAAAACAUAUGCCCUGGCUGCUAUUGGUGCCGCUGUUAAAUAUACAGAUGAUGUUGUGAAAAAGUCAAAUAACGAGUUUUAUCAUUACAGUCACUUUAGAAUGAGGUAUGAAUGCUCUGAAAACACCGUUCUAAUUGACCCAAAGACCAUCAGGGGCCUUGAAUUAGUAGAAAAUAAAAUUGACAAAAAAGGAAUUACCCUAUGGAGCUUCCUCGAUAAGACGUCUACUAAAAUGGGUAAGAGAUUAUUGCGUAGUAGUAUUCUACAACCUCUUACUGAUAAUGAAAGUAUUUCUAGAAGACUAGAAGCCGUUUCAGAAUUGCAAAAACAGCAGGACGUGCUAGAAUUAUUAAGAAAUGCAAUGAAAUCAUAUCAAGAUCUCGACCUGCUGUUCUCAAAAUUACUUUCACUUAAUCAUACAGCUAUCCAGUCUCAACAAAAAAUAAAUUAUGUUCUUCUCCUCAAGGAAACAAUUGUUAUUACCAAGACUCUUCAAACGCGCCUUGAACACUAUAACAUGUCCAACUUACUACUUUCUCAAAUAAAUGAUAUUUUAUGCAACAAGUCUAUUUCAGAGGUUGGGAAUUUGAUAGAUGAAUAUAUCAAUGAGGAUUGCAUAUGGGCCAAAACUAAUUUAGAGCUACAGAAUCAAAGAUCUUAUGCCGUAAAAUGUGGUGCUAACGGGUUACUCGAUAUAUCAAGGCAGAUCUACAAAAGUAUCAUUGAUGAACUAUUGGCAAUAAUAGAGAAUUUAUCUUCAGAGUUCAGCGUUGAGUUACUUCAUAGCUUUGACGCAAAAAGAGGUUUCUUCAUAAAAAUAAGCAGAAGCAAAUUUUCUGACGUCUCAAUGUUGCCCCCUGUCUUCAUCAAUAAAGUAACAAAAAGGACUUACUUUGAAUGUUCCACGCUUGAAAUUAUAAAAAUGAAUGCCAGGUUGAAAGAAGUAAUGUUAGAAAUUACCAUAUUGAGUGAAGAAGUAGUUGAUAGAUUAUUAAAAAAAACUGUGAAAAAAAUUUCAGUACUAUUUAUGCUAUCAGAAGCUGUCUCCCUUUUGGAUCUUCUUUGUUGCUUCGCAUUCAACUCUAGCUUGUACAACUAUUGCAUCCCAAGGUUCACAAAUACCCUUUUUAUCGAGGAAUCCAGACAUCCAGUUCUUGAGACAUCAAUAAAGAAUUUUGUAUCUAACCGGAUUUCAAGUAUGAAACAAAGCUCUUCCUUGCAAAUUGUCACGGGCUGUAAUAUGAGCGGCAAAUCCCUUUAUCUAAAACAGAUAGCUUUGUUAUGUAUUAUGGCACAAAUGGGGUCUCCCAUUCCUGCAAAAAGUGCUCUUUUUCCCAUAUUCACGAAAAUACAUGCUCGAGUGUGCAAUGACACCAUGGAAUUAACUUCUUCCAAUUUUGCAUUCGAAAUGAAGGAAAUGGCCUACUUCUUGUGCGAUACAGAUGAUAAAACGUUGAUGGUACUAGAUGAACUUGGAAGAGGGUCUAGCAUUGGAGACGGAUUUGCUAUAUCUAUGGCUUUUGCAGAAUACUUGCUCAAAACGAAGAGCACCGUGUUUUUGUCGACUCAUUUUCAAGAUAUCCCCAAGUUGCUGUCCACAAGGGCAGCAGUUGUACAUUUACAUAUGCAAACAGAUGUGACCAGCGGCCAGCUUACUAUGCAUUAUAAAGUAUGUCAAAGUCCCUUUUAUAUAGAAAAUAGCGGACUUCGAGUAGUAAAAAACUUAUUCAAGCCCAUUGUACUUGAAGAAGCUCACACCAUCUCCGCCGCAUUGCUCAAGAAUAAAAAAGAUUCAGAUGAAACUCAAAAGGGCCAACGGAGUUUAGAUAGGGUUACUCUGACGAAUCAAAUGAAAAAAAUUCAUAACUUGGUGAACAUCUUGGAAGGCUAUAGCAUCCAACAAGGGAGAAUAUUAAAUGAAUUAAAAGGUUUGCAAAAUGAAUUCAUUCAUAAUUUUGACAGUAUAUAA